GCAUUUAUUAUGUACAUGUAUACAUACAUGUCUAUAUAUAUGUAUACACAUCCAUAUUUUGGAAAGCUUAUUUUCCUUUUCACACUGUAACAAAAUGCCUCCUCUUCCACCUCCCCCUCCUUAUAUUUUUGUAUUUGUAGUCUUUUAAUUGUUGUGUUAACAGAAAAAAGAAAAAAAAAUAAGAAAGACAUUAAAUAAGAGCAAAGGCCCUAUCAAAUGGAAAAGACACUAUAAACACAAAUACAGGGAGGACAAAGUAAAGAGUGGGACAGAACCAGUUCCUUAUUUAUGCAAAAUUAGAUCUUGCAUCUAUCUUGUGACAUUGUGACCAUUGUCCUGGUACUCAAUGAAACCAUUCAGAUUACUGAAGUCACAGAAAAUACCUGUCAUCUUGUCUUAAUUUUAGCUUUUUAGCAGUUUUAGCAUCUCUGCUUCUUAAGAUUGUUUAAUCUCAUUUUCCUUAAAGAAGGACCAGAAAAGAGGUCAGAAUAUGAUGAGGUAACCAUGAAACACAAAGCAGUCCUGUCUGUAGGAGCUAUGCCCUGAGUUCUUGCGUGUGGUAGAUGUCAUGAUAGUCAAAGUUCCUCAGCCCUGGUUGAACUGCAAAAAUCCUUCAUUUUUUGAUACUUAUCAAUCUCAGCAUAAAACCAGUAAGUGUUCCAUAAGAUGCCUCCUAACAUUUUGAUACCCAACGCAUAAAAACUCACAAAAGCCUUCCCAGUGACUGCUGAGUACUGGAUUGUUUUUUGUUUUCCUGUGUGGUUGUAGUGAGGAUUUCAUAGAAAGAAGUGGCAUGUUCCAGAAAACCUCAGCAUGUUUUGGCUGUGUGCCAUUCUGAGGCAUUCCCUCCCUGCCUUUGGAGUGGAUUAUGGAGCAUAGAGAGAUCAUCACACAGAAGGAAACUCUAAAAUAAAUCCUACUUUUAUUUUUUCCUCCAGGUUGACACUCUUUCUUCCCUUCUUCUCUUUACAUAUUACAUUUUGCUUCCAUUAUGUGCCAACACAAAGUCAUGGCUGGCAGCCAAGCUGCUUAACAGCUGCAGAACUCAGGAGUUUUGGAUAGUUUUCCUGGCUCUCCUAAUGCUUUGCUGUGUGAUUUGGGGAAAGUUCCUCCUUGCCUCUACUUAUCCAUUUCCCCAGAGUAAUAGAGAACAUUAAUCAUCACUGUAAGCUGUACUGAAGCCUAGAUCUGAAAAGUGCUUGUUAUUAAUGAUAUUAAUUUAUAACUUAUGAACUGUGUAACACAUAACCAUUGUUGCAUUGAACUGGGGCUGGAAAAGGGCUUUUUUGCCAAAAGAACAGAUUUGUAGAGGUAGAAAAUUGUACAGAAGUAGGUUCCAGUCUUCUCUAACACUUUUAUAACCUGUAUAUUACUUUGAAUUAAAUUUCCAUGGAAAACAUUUGUUUGGACUCAAAGUUCAUACACUGUAUAUUUUGCUUCCUAGACCUUUCUUUUCAAUUACAUUUUACUAUUUUUUUUAAUGGGACUUUGACCUUAUUUACAAUUACAGAUUUCCUUUUUAAUUUCCCAGUCAUGUAUUAAAAUAAAAUAGCACAUAAAGCUACGACCUGCAGGGCAAUGCAUUGCAGUUCUUUCCUCCUUUCUCAUAUUGAAAACCAAAGUGAUUGGUUUCUCACGAGUGGAGAAAUGCACAGAGAGCCAUAACACACACAGAUCCAGACAAGCCAUCUCUGACUUUCACAAUUAACAUGCAGAUAAGAGACUGCCCUAGCAGCAGUCAGCACGGCUCACAUAUUGACUGCUGUAGUGCCAUCACCUUCAGCUACCCUGAAAUCAGGGCUCAAUGGCUUAAGUUUAGGGUUUGUGUUAGCCAGGAAUAAAGUCAAGAUCUGUAAAUGGUUUUGUAAAAUGGCUAAUUUUCUUUUUCCUCUCUCACCACUUUUCCCCUCAGCACAACGCCCAAUGUAGAUGCGCAGCCUUAAUCGGUUUAGUUGCAAGAAGAUAAUCUUUUUUUCUCCCCUUCUUGCUGUUGCCUGUUAGCUUAAAGGCUUUUUAGCUGAAGGUUGAUAAUUAUCACUGAGAAGAAACUAGCACAUCAGGAGUUCAUUUUCUAUCUUAGCACUUCUGGCGCUCCUUUGAACUCCUCGCACCAAGCCCGUGUUCCCACUCUGUCACUUUCCUCCCUCCAUCAUAAAAAGGUCUCGGCAGCCGGCGGCUCCAGCCUUUGCUGGUGGGCAGAGGGCAUCGCUUCUCCCGAGCGCUCCUCCAGCAUGGACAAACUGCAGGAGACGUUGAUAAACAUGGAAGAUGCUUUGGGUUCGGAGCACUCCGCCUGCUUGUCAUCCUGGGACUGGAAGAGCUCCGCUGGGCCUUUUGAGAUGCACCCCAUCUCUCCCCCGCACAGCCUGUCCCCGACGCCCUCCUUCGAGUCCUACUCCUCGUCGCCCUGUCCGGCGGCGGCCGAGCCCCCGUUCGGCAGCGGCGGCAGCGGCCUGGCGGCCUACGGCCUGCUGGAGUUCCCCGCCGCCUACCUGCCCAGCCCCGGGCAGGCCCGGCUGCCCAAGGGCACCAAGGUGCGGAUGUCGGCCCAGCGCAGGAGGAAGGCCAGCGAGAGGGAGAAGCUGCGGAUGAGGACCUUGGCCGACGCGCUCCACACGCUGCGCAAUUACCUGCCCCCCAUCUACAGCCAGCGGGGCCAGCCCCUCACCAAAAUACAGACCCUGAAGUACACCAUCAAGUACAUCAGCGAACUGACCGAGCUCCUCAACAGCGUCAAGCGGGUGUAGAGCCCUCGGCAGCGCCUGCCCCGGCACCCUCAGGCUCUUUACAAACCAAAACCCGGCAAAAUUCCUUCCUCGCCUGAGCGGUGGGGCCUGCUGCGACAGGAGGGAGCCGCCGCUGGACCUGGGACACAAUGCCUGAAGGUGAUGUAGGAGUACCCGAAAACCUGAGCUGCAGGCUCCCGAGACAGAAGUCUUGCUCUUUGCCUUUAUUUUUUUUUUUGUUUUAAUAAGUUUUUGAGAAAUAUUAAAUGUAGUCUGAUACAAAAGUUAAAAAAAAAAGCCAGCUCAUCUUCCUAGGAUUUACAUAUCACUGUUCUGACUGAGCUUGUUUUAUAAGGACAAUAGUAAAUCCAUGGGUGUUAAACUGAAUUUUAAAAAAAUGACAACAGCUUUAUAAGAAUACUAAGUGUAGGCACUUUAAUCAUACGAUGAAGAACAUGUAUUUAGUUCAAGUAUUGUCUAUUUAUCCAUGUUUCCACUGUACCUAAAAAUCAAGAAACUAAGUAAUAGUGAGAACAUCUUUGCAUGUAAAGAAAUAAAUGUGUCAUAGUCUGUAUCCUGUAUUAUAAAUCUGAUUGAUAGAUAAGUAAAAUCUAGUGAAGACUGCUAAAUAUUGAAAAUUAAAUAUAAGCAAACUGACAUUUUGUAUAGAUAAAUGGCUGUUAAGUCCUCUCUUCCUUAUUAAUAUAUACAGACGUAUAUAAUUUUUCUAUAUUUAAUGUGUAAAAACCUCCUUCAAUGCUGAUAAAUGAUGGAAGACAUUUUUGCAUCUAAUUUCUUAAACAUUGAUUGAAAUAUCCUGCUCUCUGACAUGAAAUAAAUUGAUUCAGGUUUCACAAAGAUGUCAAGUUCUGUUCUCCAUGUGUACUGAA